AUGGCUGAACAACUCGAGCGGGUGGAACGCCUCAAGCAGCAGCCCGACUGGCUUGACUUCAACGCGAUCAGCCCCAUUGUCAUCGGCAUUCUGGGCGGUGACGGCAUUGGUCCGACCAUCGCGGAAGAGUCGAGAAAGGUCCUGGAAUACCUGUUGCGCGAUCAAGUGGCGAGCGGCAAGGUGGUUUUCCGCAUCAUCGACGGCCUGACCAUCGAAAACCGCGCCGCGAACAUGCAAUCCAUUCCUGACGACGUGCUGGCCGAGAUCAAGGAAUGUCACGUGACGCUGAAAGGCCCGACCCACACUCCGGAGCAGGGCGACGGCUGGCCGAACCUCGAAAGCGCCAACGUCGGCAUGCGCAAGGUCCUCGACCUGUUCGCCAACGUGCGCCCCGUGCGGGUGCCCGCCCAAGGUAUUGACUGGACAUUUUUCCGCGAGAACACCGAGGACAUGUACGCCGUCGGCAGCCAGGGGGUGAACGUCACGGACGAUCUGGCGAUCGACUUCCGCGUCAUCACCUCACAGGGCUCCGAGCGCAUCAUCGACGCCGCCUUUGCGCACGCCAAGCGCACCGGCAAGGACUCGGUGACCAUCGUCACCAAGGCCAACAUCGUCAAGACGACCGACGGCAAGUUCCUCGACAUCGCCCGCAAGGUGGCGGAGGACUACCCGGGCAUCUCGUGGGAGGGGUGGUACAUCGACAUCAUGACCGCGGCGCUCAUCAACCCGGCGCGCCAGCGGCAGUUCCAGGUGCUCGCCCUGCCCAACCUGUACGGCGACAUCCUGACGGACGAGGCGGCCCAGAUUCAGGGCGGCGUCGGUACCGCCGGCAGCGCCAACGUCGGCAAGGUGUACUCGAUGUUCGAGGCUAUCCACGGCAGCGCCCCGCGCAUGGUGCAGGAAGGCCGCGCGCAGUACGCCGAUCCCAGCUCGAUGGUGCGGGCCGGCGCCAUGCUGAUGGAGCACAUCGGCUUCCAGGAGUCCGGCGCCCGGUUGCACAAGGCCCUGGACAUCUGCGGCCAGUACGAACGCACCGUGGCCAUGACGGGCCGCAGCACCGGCGUCACCAGCGGCGAAUAUGGUCAGUACCUGAUGGCAACCGUGGAGGAUUCCGGCAUGGAAGCCAAGUGGGAAUCCUUCGUCAACGCUGGCUGA